AAAACGCAAUAUCACACUAGAAAUGCAGUUGAAAACAAAGGAUACAUGGAAAAAUGGAGUCACUCCUCCAAUUCCACCCCAAUUCCAUCUCCUCCAUUCCUCACCACCAUUCCCAUUUCAAACCAAAACACCAUCACCCCCUUUUCCACUUUCCCAUCAAAAACUCCAAAACCCAUUUCCCCCUCCAUUCCAUCACCCAAACCAAAACCCAUUCCAUUCUCCCACUCCCAAUUUCCACCCCACAACAAAGCCCCAUCAUCGUCUCUUACUCUUCUCUCAUCUCCGUUUUCUCCAAAUCCAACCGUGAACCCCACGCCAUUUUCCUCUUCCUUCACAUGCUAACCGCUUCACCUCUUCGCCCGCAUGGUUACACUUACGUUGCGGUUUUAACCGCUUGCACUCGAAUCUUAUACCUCCAAUUCGGUCUCCAGUUACAUGCUGCGGUUAUUAAAACUGGGUAUUUGAAUUCAGUUUUUGUCUCCAACGCGCUCAUGUCGUUUUAUUUGAAAUGUGGGUUUUAUCAAACUGCUUUUAAGGUGUUUGAUGAAAUGGGUGAGAGGGAUAUUGUGUCCUGGAACACUGUAAUUUCUUGUGCUGUUAAUGGACUCAUGUAUGACACCGCGUUUCAGUUGUUUCGCGACAUGCUGGUGAUAACAGAUUCUUUGAAAGUUGAUUAUUUUACACUGUCGGCGGUUUUGACUGCUUGUGCUAUGACAACUGGUUUGGUGAUGGAAGGGAAGCAAGUGCAUGCGAUUGCUGUUAAGGUUGGGUUGGAGACUGAACUGAAUGUUGGGAAUGCUCUUAUUGGGUUUUAUAUGAAUUGUGGAAGUCUUGAUGGGGUUGUUUGUUUGUUUCAGAGGAUGGGUGUUAGAGAUGUUAUAACUUGGACGGAGAUGGUGAGGGCUUAUAUGGAGUUUGGUUAUGUGGAUUUGGGUUUGAAGAUUUUUGAUGAAAUGCCGGAAAGGAAUUGUGUGACUUAUAAUGCUGUUUUGUCUGGGUUUUGUCGAAAUGGUGAGGGUUUAAAGGCUAUGGAGUUGUUUGUUAGAAUGGUGGAGGAGGGCAUGGAGUUAUCGGAUUUCUCUUUGAGUGGUGGGAUUAAUGCGUGUAGUUUGCUUGCUGAUUAUGGGGUUUGCAAGCAGAUGCAUGGAUUUGCAAUCAAGUUUGGAUUUGGAUCAAAUGUUUGUGUUGAAGGGGCUUUGCUUGAAAUGUACACAAGGUGUGGGAGGAUGGUAGAUGCUAAGAAGAUGUUUAGCAUGUGGGAAGAAUUGGAGAAAGAUAGCUCUGUUGUUUGGACUUCUAUGAUGUGUGGCUUUGCUCGAAACGGGAAACCGAAGGAGGCGAUUUCUCUUUACCAUCUUGGUCAUUCUAAAGGGAAAUUGAUUAUGGAUGAAGUUGUACUAUCUACGAUGCUUGGUCUUUGUGGAACCGUUGGCUAUCAUGAUAUGGGUAAGCAAAUCCAUUGUCAAGUUCUUAAAUUUGGCUUUCAUUCUGAAGUGCAAGUUGGAAAUGCUGUUGUUAGUAUGUAUUUUAAAUGCGGGAAUGUAGAUGAUGCAAUUAAGAUGUUCAGUGGCAUGUCCUCUACCGAUAUAGUUUCAUGGAAUAUUUUGAUUUCUGGGUAUGUUAUGCACAGGCAGGGCGAUAAAGCAUUAGAAAUAUGGUCGAAAAUGCGGGAAGAGGGCAUAACCCCUGAUGAAGUUACCUUCAUUUUGAUAAUUUCAGCCUAUAGGCAAACUGACUUGAAUUUGGUUGAUGACUGCCGUAGUUUGUUUGAUUCAAUGAGAACUGUUUAUCACAUUGAGCCAACAUCUCAACAUUAUGCAUCCUUCAUCAGUGUUUUGGGUCACUGGGGUCUCUUGGAAGAGGCGCUGGAAACUAUCAAUAAAAUGCCUUUUAAGCCUUCUGCUUUUGUUUGGCGUGCUUUGCUCGAUGGUUGCAGACUCCAUAAGAAUACAAUGAUUGAAAAAUGGACUGUCAAGAAUAUUCUUGCCCUGGAACCCAAAGAUCCAUCUACUUAUAUACUUGUUUCAAAUUUGUAUUCAUCUUCUGGGAGAUGGGAUUGCUCCGAGAUGACUAGGGAAAAUAUGAGAAAAAAGGGAUUUCACAAAUACCCGGCUCAAAGUUGGAUUAUCUGUCAGAAGAAAAUGCAUUCAUUCUAUGCAAGAGAUAGGUCUCAUCCGCAAGACAAAGACAUAUAUAGUGGGUUGGAGAUUCUAAUCUUUGAGUGCCUAAAAAUGGGAUAUGAACCUGACACGCGCUUUGUUCUUCACGAAGUGGAGGAGCACCAAAAGAAAAUAUUUCUAUUCCAUCACAGUUCAAAACUAGCCGCAACUUAUGGAAUAUUGAUGACAAAGCCAGGGAAGCCCAUCCGGAUUGUAAAGAACAUCCUUCUUUGUGGGGACUGCCAUACAUUCAUGAAAUAUGUAUCUAUUGUCACUAAGAGGGACAUUUUUCUAAGAGAUUCUUCAGGAUUUCACUGUUUCUCUAAUGGCCAGUGCUCGUGUAAAGACCGAUGGUGAGACACAGAAAUGGAGCAUUCUAAUUGUUAGAGCAUCCUUUCAGUUUCAGCUUUGAUCCUGAGUCAGUAAGUUCUUUCAUUCCAUUAUUAUUAUCAUCUAGCUGUGGACCUUUGUUGCUACUUCAACUUCUAGGGUUCUUUUUUCUUUUAUGUUUAAUGCACUACUUCAACUUCUAGGGUUCUUUUUUCUUUUAUGUUUAAUGCACUUGCUGUUUAUUUUUGUGCGAAGGAAUUGUGGGUCAAGUUUAAACAUACUCCAUGAUAAUAAAUAAGAUACCAUUUAAUAAUUCAAAGUUUGUCAUAAUUUUUUCCUCCCAAACGAAAAUUGUAGAUAUUUUUAAGGCCACAACCACUACAUCUUCAAAAGUUAUGACUAAUAGAUAAUAGAUAUCAUGAAAAGUCUGAUAGGUCACUAUGAAGAAGCAUUUUCAAAAACAAAUUAUAUUCCAUCUUACUACCUCUGGUCCCAUUUAUAAGAAAAGAUUCUUUUUCUAGAUACAUUAAAUAAAU